AUGUCCAAGUAUACGCCAGUGACUCAUGUCAUAUUCGACAUGGACGGUUUGCUUUUAGACACGGAAAAGGUGUACUUGUCCAGCAUUACCGAAGUCUUGAAAAAUCACGGCAAGGACUACCCGAACGACUUGAGAGUCCGCGUUAUGGGCACAAUACCAAUCAACACGGCUACAAUCAUAAUAAAAGAACUGGAAAUGGACAUAGAACCAGUCGAUCUUCUUGCCGAGUUCCACGAAAAUCAGAUUGUCAAAAUGGAAAACGUUCCGUUUUUGCCAGGAGCUGAAAGGUUAAUCGAUCAUCUACACAACAACAAUGUGCCAAUAGCUGUGGCUACAAGUAGUGGAAAAGAUACUUUCAAAGUAAAAACAGCAAACUAUCAACACAUCUUUUCAAAAUUCCAUCACAUUGUACUUGGUAGUGCAGAUUCAGAAGUAAAACAAGGAAAACCAGCUCCAGACAUAUUCCUGGUUUGUGCAUCACGGUUUGACGAUAAACCUCUACCACAAAAUUGUUUGGUAUUUGAGGACGCCCCAAAUGGAGUUACUGGUGCAAGGUCUGCUGGCAUGCAAGCCGUUAUGGUUCCAGAUAAAAUAAUUCCUAUAGAGAAGACUACUCAUGCUACUCAAGUGAUAUCUUCAUUGUUGGACUUUAAGCCUGAAGAUUUUGGGCUACCUCCGUUUCCUUGA